CUGGCUCAGCCCUCCAGACGGAGCGGCAGGAGAGUUGGAGACGCAUCCAAAGCGCGCAGGACGCACAGACGGAGUUCAAAGCGACUCCAAGCAGGCGAGAAAAAAAACUUCCUUCCCUGCAAGUGGACUUGAUCUGCAGCCACCAACUUUCCGUCCAGUUCGCGUUUUCUCCUGACCGCUGAGGAAUCCAGUUUGUGGAAUUUCAUUUUUAAAGAACCAGUAUUAUUUUAAGCCAUGCAUCGGUGCAAAGUGGCGCUACUGCUGCUGCUGGUCAUCCUGCACUUCCUGAGCGCAGAAGCCUAUAAGUGCAGAUGCACCAGAAAAGGACCAAAGAUCAGAUAUAAGGAUGUGCAGAAGCUGGAGAUCAAACCCAAACAUCCCUUCUGCCAAGAGAAGAUGAUAUUCGUAACCAUGGAGAACAUCUCUCGGUUCAAAGGUCAGGAGUACUGCCUGCACCCCAACCUUCAGAGCACCAAGAACCUGGUCAAAUGGUUCCGCAUCUGGAAGGACAAACACAGGGUUUAUGAAGCCUGAGUCUCUCCAGAACAACAAGGAUCCAGUGAGACAGAACCAGACCCGGACAGAACCAGAACUGUUCUGUGAAGAAAUGACCAGAGACCUGUUGCGAACAUUAAAAUAGCAUCUAUAGUCUGUAAAUAAUCUGACGGGAUUGUUUUAGUCUCCUGUCCAGGUAGUCCCAUUACUCACAUUCCCGGCCUCCACGGCGAUAUUCGUCAGGUUUUAUUUAAGGAACCGUCUCGGUUAUUUUACCUCCUAGGAUUCUACCGACGCGAAGCGGUUCAGGUUCUGAAGAAACACGGAAACCAAGAACAUGUAGCGUGAGGAGAAACGUUUCUUCACUGUCAUAAAAUAAAUUAGAUUCUUUUUCUAGAAAAGAUACUGACAUUCUGGAAGAGUGUGUGUGGGUGUGUGUGUGUGUGUGUGUGUGUGUCCAACUAGCACAAGACUUUCCACCAUCUUGUUUGUAAAAUAUUCUCUGGUUUAAUCUGCAGGUCGUAGGUAAAGAUAAGUGGAUUCUGCUGCGUUUAUGUGAGUUAAUGCAAAAUGUAUAAAAAUGUGAUCAUAUCUGUUAUAUACGUCUGUCAGUUUAAGAUUUGUGUAAUGAUGCGUUAUUUCAUACAAACUGUUUUUAUAACUAUUUGUUCAAAACAUCAGUUAGGCUUCGCUCUACUGGUUUUGUUCCUUUAACCACAGACAGAACCUCUUCUUCAAUCUUCAUCCUGUCUGUAUUAUUCUUAUAAAUCAUUGAAGAGGUGAAAUAAAAUCUUUAAGGUCUAAAAUGAAAUGUAGAUGUGAAUUUGGUAUUAUUUUAGUUUUUCAUGAAUUGUUGCCCCGUCCAUUAGAGCCACAAACUUUCAUGUGUUUUAUCUGGAGUUUAACGUCAUAAACACAAAGUAGUGGAAAAAAUGAAUCAUUUUCUGAAAAGUGUGGUGUGGAUGUAUGUUCAGUUUAUUAGAGUACAGUCUGGGUAAAAGGGGGUGAAUAUAAUUUUACACAUUUCAGAUUUUGUCUUUGAAAAUAGAAAUGGAAAAUCUUUAAUUAUUUCCCUCCCUCUUCAGUUAUGAACUGCUGGAUGUUUUCCUGUUUCUGCUGAAUAAAGCAACAUUGCAAGGCGCUGCAUGAACAUGGCAACAUUUUCAUUGAUUAUGCAGAAUCAGGUUUUAGCAACACAUUGUUCAGCUUUUUAUGGAAAACAGGAAAAAGUCCAGUUUUUCUUUUAUAUUAUUUUAUAUUAUAUUUUUUGCUUUUAUUUUCCAUAUCAAAACUGCUGAAUACCAGUCAUUUGUGUAAUUACACUGUAUGGUUUCAUAUUUAUAAUCCGAUCAUGUUUUGUUGGCAUUAAAGAGAUUUCACACA